AUGGUCUUUUUCUAUUUCGGCCCGUCGGCUUCGUCGUGGGCCACGGGAAACGACCAGUUCUCAUCGUGCCGGCAGCUACCACCUCCGAUCCAGACCGUCUGGGACUCUCUCGGGGAGCACUUCGCGGAUCAGUCACUUGGCGGCACGCGCAUUGACUGGAUGUCAACGGGCGUGGAUGGGUCAUAUUGCUUGAUGCUGAAGGACGGAAAUGUCCUCUCCAACCGCACCGAUUUCCUCCAGUCAAUCCACAUCGCUCGCCAGACCCAGCCUUACGCCGCCGUUGAUCAUGUGAGUUUCUCACCUUACGGCGCGUACCUUGUUCGCUUCAACACGGGCGAGGUGAUGCUGUCGCCUGAGACGUCGGGUAGGUUCCCUGAUGCUUUCGUCGGUCUUACCUCCGACUUUGUUCACUUUGCCGGGCCCCUACGCAACACUCUCCAGCCAACACAGCUCGAGUAUGUGUUCUGGGGCCCUUCGGACAGUGUCCUUGUCAAGGCGCGUGGUGGUGCUCUCCGCUGGCAAGGCCUGCCGGAGAGCUUGGUGACCGAGUUGCGCGCACUGACCGUGGGCGUGGACAUGCUGUCUGCUGGGUUUCACCUGAGCAAGCGGACGACACUGUGCCCUUGGGACGGUGAUCUGUUCUUUUUGGAGUUUGAGUCGUUCCUGGGGAGCACGGCCAAAGCGUACCCGUAUAGUUUGCGGCAGCACAGGUUGAGUGCCGACGCCAUGCAGUACGUGGUUCUCAACCAGCGGCCGCCUGCGCAUCUUUUGGCGGCAGCCGGUCCAACAUCUCUGCUUCCUCCACCGCCGCCAACACCACCGGCAUCGGCACCUCCCAGAGCCCCCCCAGGUCCACCUCCCGAUCUCCCUCCUCGAGCCUCCCAGUCACUACCACAUAGACCUACGCCGCAAGUGCAAGCUCAGACUCGCGGUCCACUGACUCCGGUUUCGACUCCGUACAUUCCCGGCACUUCACCGACGACGACACAUGCUUCCAAACCAGAAACACCAGUGGAGACACCAGCCUCACCCCUUCCUUCGAUCUUGCUUCCGGAGGAACAGGAGCAGAAUCGGUCGGAAGAUGAGGAGCGCAUCGAUGCCAUUGUGCACACGCUGGCCAUGCCCGACGACAUCCGCAGCGUCGCAGAAGAGGUGUGGGACCUUUGCACGAUGGGCGUUUUGGAGGAGCCCAAGUAUGUGACGGCCAGCGAUGCGCUGCAGCUGUUUGCGGCGUCAGAACUGAGCAGCGAGGACAUUGAUAUGAUCUGGGAGAAGUCGGAUCUGGACCACAAUGGACAACUGGACCGGGAGGAAUUUUUGCAGGCCAUGUACCUGGUGGCGAUCCAGCAGUACUUGCGGGGGAUUAGCGAUCGGUACGGGCUCCAGGCGCAUUUGGACGCGGCGGCGACCGCCGGCGAGGUACGAGAGGCGAGGGCGUCGGCUGCCGAGAAUACCGCAGACGCUGCGGGGGAAACGAUGUCGCGGGACCUGCCGCGUGAUGCAGCAGCCCAGCCUUCGCUCCGCGGCGCUGUCAAGGACAUAUUCAAACUGUUUGUCGAGACAGGAUCGCAGAUCGGAUCCUCCUACAAGCAAAGCGUGCAAGCCGCGCGGCAAAAGCAGGAGCAAAUGCUGGCAGAGCAACUGCUGGCGGAACAGCAGCUGGCGGCCAUGCAGGCCGAGUACGGCGUCCAUAACCAACCGCAGCUGCUACAGCAGCAGCUGCAGCAGCAGCAGAUGCUCGAGGCCCUGGAGGCGAUGCAGAUCAAUGCGCAGUCGUCCAUGUUGGCGAGCCAGAACGCGGCUAUUAUGUCGCAGUUUGGCGCCUUGAACGCCGGUGGCGGCAACGACGGCGGCGGCCACGAUGGCGAGGAUGACGCCAACAAGGACUCCAAGAGCGGCAUGGCCAAGCAGCUGCGCGAGUCGCUCCUGAGCUCGAUUGUCACGGAGAGUCCCAACGUGCGCUGGGAGGACGUGGCCGGACUGGCGUCGGCCAAGGACGAGCUGCAGGAGGCCGUCGUGUUCCCGCUGCGCUUCCCGCACAUGUUUCAGGGCAAGCGCAAGCCGCGGCGGGCCAUCCUGCUCUACGGCCCCCCCGGCACCGGCAAGUCGUACCUGGCCAAGGCCGUGGCCACCGAGGUCGAGUACACGCUGUUCAGCAUCAGCGCGACGGACCUGACAUCCAAGUGGUUCGGCGAGAGCGAGAGUCUGGUGCGCCAGCUGUUUGAGCUUGCGCGCGAGAAGAAGCCGUCCGUCAUUUUCAUUGACGAGAUUGACGCGCUGUGCAACAGCAGAGAGUCCGGUGGCGGUGGCGGCGGCGGUGGUGGUGGUGACGAUGCCACGACAGCCCGUCUCAAGACCGAGUUUCUCGUCCAAAUGGACGGUGUCGGCCACGGCAACAACGAAGGCGUCGUCUUGCUGGCCGCAACCAAUCUGCCCUGGUCCCUCGACCCAGCCAUCCGGCGCCGCUUCCAGAAACGAAUUCACAUCCCCCUGCCCGACGACGACGCCCGCGCAGAGCUGUUCCGCGUGCACGGCGGCGACGAGUGGGCCGCUGUCGUCGGCGCAGCGGGCGGGCCGCGCGACGUGGCUGUCGGUGCCGAGCUCGCGCGCCGCACGGACGGCUUCUCGGGCAGUGAUAUCGCCAAUGCCGUACAGGACGCGCUGAUGCUGCCGGUCAAGCGUGUUCGCGGCGCACAGUACUUUGCGCGUGAUGCAACUGGCUGGUGGGUGCCGUGCGAAGCGGGCUCCGCGGGCGCGCGGCAGAUGACAUGGAAGAGCGUGCCGCAAGGCAGGGCACGGGCACCGCCAUUGACGGUGGACGAUUUCUUUGCGUCUGUGGCCAAAGUGAAGCCGUCGGUGGGAGCUAACGAGAUCACGAGAUGUGCUGAGUGGACUGCCCAAUUUGGAUUGGAGGGCGCGUAG